CAAAAUGUCUGUUUGCUGUCACUUUCCGAUUUUUGUAAACAAAUUUAUCUUAUUAUCAAAAUAAAUAAUAACUUGAAAUGGCUCACAUACAAUUCGUUGACGAACUCGUAAGAGAAUAUUUACUAUACAGGGGAUUUACAUCCACUGUAAAAGCUUUCGACAGUGACUUGAAAACUGAUAAAGACAAAGGUUUUAGGGUGGACAAGAUUGUGGAUCAAAUUUUGCAUUUUAUAAACGUUUCUGACCUCAACGGCUUGAAGGAGUACUGGUCCCACCUCGACAGUUUGGUUUUCUCUAAAUUAGAGAUACAUGUUCAACCAGCUGUAAGGAAAUUAGAAUACAGUCUCUACAAACUGUAUUUAGUGACGGCCGCCCAAGGUACCGGUGGUGUGAAGAAUGAACGAGUCACAGAAUUUUUUGCUAAGAUGGUGCCAGAGUUGCAGGGCCAAAAUGAGUGGAGGGAUUGGUUCAUGCUCCCAUACAUUCAAAAACCGGAAGAGAACCCAACAUUCAGCCUCUUCUUCACCCGAGCAUGGCAAGACAGUGUGCUAGUGUCGCUGCACAAUCUGCUGGCCACCGUGUUUCAGUGCAUGCCGCAGCCUACGCUGACAAGUUAUGAGAGUGAUGUUGCUAUGGUAAAGCGGCUGCAAGAUGAGCUGGCUGCACUUAAAGGAAAGACCCAUCAGCCAAUAGACAAGAUCUCUCCAAGCGGACACCAAUCGCGACUAGCGCAAUACUCGCGUCUCAGCGGUCCCCUACCAUUGGUGGACGACUUCUGCGCAGUCCCGUCAGAGCAGCUGGACAGCGGAGCCCGAGAGGCUAAGGGGCUGCGGGGGCUGAUCCGGCAGAUGGGCGGCAGCCCCGGCGCGCCCAGAAGCGCAGCCCGGAGCCAGAGCCAGAACUAAAAGAACUCUGAUCCAAUGUUGAAUAA